UCACGGCGGAUGGUAGCACGGAGAAUUUCGCCCGUCGGCGCCAGACUGAGCUGAAGCACGGCCGUGUGAGCAUGUUGGCGACUAUGGGCUACAUCACUCCCGAGAUCACUGGCAAGCUGCCUGGCUACCUGUCGCCGUCCGCGGGGAUCAAGUUCGCGGACGUCCCGAACGGCCUCGGCGCCAUCUCUAAGGUUCCCGCGGCGGGCUGGGCGCAGAUCGUGGCCUACGGCGCGUUCUGCGAGCUGUCCCAGGACCAGUCCGCUGGCACUGCGGCCGCGGCGGGCGACUUCGGCUUCAAGGUGCUGACAUCCAGCGACCCUGCGGAGAAGCAGAAGAAGCUUGCAGCUGAGAUCGCCAACGGCCGCCUGGCGAUGAUGGCGAUCAUCGGCAUGUUUUUCCAGGACGGCCUGACGGGCUCUGCCUGGGGCGACUGGGCGCUCUACACGGGCUCCCCGCUGCGCGCGUUCGAGUCGGAGCUGGGAGUUCAGGACCCGGUGGGCUUCUGGGACCCCGCCGGAUUCACGGCGGAUGGUAGCACGGAGAAUUUCGCCCGUCGGCGCCAGACUGAGCUGAAGCACGGCCGUGUGAGCAUGUUGGCGACUAUGGGCUACAUCACUCCCGAGAUCACUGGCAAGCUGCCUGGCUACCUGUCGCCGUCCGCGGGGAUCAAGUUCGCGGACGUCCCGAACGGCCUCGGCGCCAUCUCUAAGGUUCCCGCGGCGGGCUGGGCGCAGAUCGUGGCCUACGGCGCGUUCUGCGAGCUGUCCCAGGACCAGUCCGCUGGCACUGCGGCCGCGGCGGGCGACUUCGGCUUCAAGGUGCUGACAUCCAGCGACCCUGCGGAGAAGCAGAAGAAGCUUGCAGCUGAGAUCGCCAACGGCCGCCUGGCGAUGAUGGCGAUCAUCGGCAUGUUUUUCCAGGACGGCCUGACGGGCUCUGCCUGGGGCGACUGGGCGCUCUACACGGGCUCCCCGCUGCGCGCGUUCGAGAACGAGCUCGGAGUGCAACCCCCAGCGGGCUUCUGGGACCCCGCCGGAUUCACCGCCGACGGAAGCGCGGAUGAUUUUGCUCGGAGGCGCGCCACUGAGAUCAAGCAUGGCCGGAUCGCCAUGCUGGCGGCCAUGGGCUACAUCACCCCGGAGCUGAUUGGGCCUUUCCCUGGCUUCCUGUCCCCGUCGCUGGGCCUGAAGUACGCGGACGUCCCGAACGGUCUCGGCGCGCUUUCCAAGGUGCCGCUCGGGGGCUGGGGCCAGAUCUUCUUGUACUGCGCGUAUGUAGAGAUCAGCCAGGACCAGACGAUUCCCGGGUCCCCAGCCUCGCGUGGGGAGUUCGGCUUCAAGCUGCUGACGUCCCCCGACCCCGCGGAGAAGCAGAAGAAGCUGGCAGCGGAGAUCGCCAACGGUCGCCUGGCGAUGAUGGCGAUCAUCGGCAUGUUUUUCCAGGACGGCCUGACGGGCUCGGCGUGGGGCGACUGGGCGCUCUACACGGGCUCCCCGCUGCGCGCGUUCGAGAACGAGCUCGGAGUGCAACCGCCGACGGGCUUCUGGGACCCCGCGGGCUUCACGAAGGAUGGCGAUGCCGAUGCUUUCAAGCGCCGCCGUUGCGUCGAGAUCAGGCAUGGCCGCAUUUGUAUGUUGGCCACGAUGGGCUACAUCACGCCAGAGAUUACCGGCAAAUUCCCAGGAUACCUGUCUUUGGAUGAGAAGAUCCUCUUUGAGGAUGUCCCUAAUGGCCUUGCAGCACUCUCCAAGAUUCCCGUCGGUGGAUAUCUUCAGAUCCUUGCGUACUGUGGCUAUUGUGAAUUCACGGGCACGGGUGUGAAAGAUGGUAUCUUUUUCGAAGGUAGUGCUGGUGGGUUGAAAGGCGAACUGGAGCCAGGUAACCUUGGUUGGAAGCCUCCUCUGCUCACCAGCCCAGACCCCGAGAUCCGCAAGCGCAGGCUGAACGCGGAGAUUGCAAACGGCCGCCUGUCCAUGGUGGCCAUCAUUGGGAUGUUUUUCCAGGACGGUUUGACUGGAUCUGCUUGGGGCGACUGGGCUAAUUACACAGAUUCUCCGCUGCGCGCUUUCGAGAGCGAGCUCGGCGUGCAAGACCCAGUUGGCUUCUGGGACCCAGCGGGCUUCACCGCCGACGGGAGCACGGAGAACUUUGCUCGCAGGCGGCAGACGGAGCUGAAGCACGGUCGCGUGUCAAUGCUGGCGACGAUGGGCUACAUCACUCCGGAGAUCACCGGCAAGCUGCCAGGGUACUUGUCGCCGUCCGCGGGGAUCAAGUUCGCGGACGUCCCGAACGGCCUCGGUGCCAUCUCCAAGGUUCCCGCGGCGGGCUGGGCGCAGAUCGUGGCGUACGGCGCGUUCUGCGAGCUGUCCCAGGACCAGUCCGCUGGCUCCGCCGCCGCAGCGGGUGACUUCGGCUUCAAAGUUCUGACGUCCAGCAACCCUGCAGAGAAGCAGAAGAAGUUGGCGGCAGAAAUCGCCAACGGCCGCCUGGCGAUGAUGGCGAUCAUCGGCAUGUUCUUCCAGGAUGGCCUGACCGGCUCCGCGUGGGGCGACUGGGCCCUGUACACCGGAUCCCCGUUGCGCGCCUUCGAGAGCGAGAUCGGCGUCCAGGCGCCUCUUGGCUACUGGGACCCCGUGGGCCUGAGCUCCGACGGCGAUGUCGCCACGUUCACGCGCCGCAGGGUGACCGAGAUCAAGCACGGGCGCGUGGCCAUGUGGGCCACGAUGGGCUACAUUUCCCCGGAGUACUUCAAGUGGCCCGGGUACCUGUCUCCCUCUGCAGGACUGAAGUUCGCGGACGUCCCCAACGGCCUGGCCGCCCUGUCGAAGGUGCCCCUGUCUGGAUGGCUGCAGAUCGUGCUCUUCGCGGGCUACUGGGAGUUCGGCACAUACAACAGCAAGGCCCCCCCGGGCGACCUCGGCUGGAAGGCGAUCACGUCAACGGACCCGGAGGUUCUGAAGAAGAAGCUGAACGCGGAGAUGGCCAACGGCCGCCUGGCGAUGAUGGCCAUCAUGGGGAUGCUCUAUCAGGACGGCCUCACUGGCUCCGCCUGGGGCGACUGGGCGUUGUACACCGACUCCCCGCUGCGCUGAGCCCUGCCGGGGGCUCCAGGAGCUCUCCGCUCUCCGAGGGUGGAUCCCGAGCCACUGCCUCUGGCCGAGGCUCGCGACGGCCUGGCCAGGCAGCAGCUGGGGCGCCGCGUUUUUUUCUUGGUUGCGGUAGACUCCCCCUCCCCCUGCUCCUCCUCCUCCUCCACGCCUCCUUCAAGAUGACCCGACAUCCUCCAGUUCAGUUUUAAAACGUCUCCCAGGGUUGGAUAUGGGAUGCGAUCAGUUCUGAUUCGAUUUUCAUGAGAUGACAAUAGAAAUCGGAUUUCAACCAGAAUUGCCCAUAUAAGCCGUGCAAGGCCUGUACAGGAUCCUCUCUCUUCGCUGGCCCGCAUGCCUCCGAGGGCCCGGGAGAGUUCCUGUCCCUCUAUGAGGGAGAGCUCCAGUCGGCCCCCGAGCCCCUGGGGCCAAGGAAGGUCGCUAUCCUUGUUGUUGUUGCUGUUGUUGCUGUGGCUCUUAUUGUCAUGGUUGUUGUGGUU